AAGAAGUUGGAUCAACGCCAUGGCCCAUACGCAGAUUGGACGAGAACACGAUGAUAUCGUGGAGUCCAUCUCAAUCAGCUGUUGUUUGCAAGGCACGUUUUACUGAAAAAGACUACGUGCAGGAAACUAUUCAUGGGCGCAAACCCACCAUACAGAGACUUAAGUCUACUGCAAUUCCCAGCCUAUUUUCCUGGACCAAGCAAGAGACUGAAUCGUCCGCAAAAAGAAAAAUCAGGGCAGUUUCCUGUGAAAACAAAAGAAAUAAACUUGAUGAAUAUUGUAGUAGAAAUCUAGAGGAAAGUUUUGAUUGUAAAGUUGGUUUUCCUGAAGAAGUCAUUCAUACUGCAGAAAGGAUUUAUGACUGUCCACCACCAACUGCCGAGCUAAUGUUGAGCUUCACAGAUGGAAUUACGCAAACACCAACAAUGCCUAUGUUUUCAGCAGAGAAUUUUGAAAUGAAGACACGUGACACAGCCAUGCAUUUUUAUACCGGUUUAGAGUUGUAUACUAAAUUUUUAUUUGUUUUGACCACACUUGGUCCAGCAGCACAUUGUUUGAGAUACAUAUCUUUUCAAAUUGAUAGGGUGUCAGUUGAAAAUCAGUUUUUUUAUGACUUUGAUGAAAUUGAGGCAUCAUACACCCAACUUUGAACUGUCUAGAUUCUAGAUUGAAUCUAGUGUUAAGAAUAUUGUGUAUACAUGGAUUGUUUUUAUGUCUAAACAGUGGUGUGAGGCUAACACUUGGCCAUCUAGUGGUUUAGUCAGUUAUUUUUCACCAUCCAACUUCAAAUUAAAGUUUCCUACGACUUGGAUUAUUAUUGACAGCACAGAAUAUCCCGUGAUAAAACCUAAAGCUCCUAGAGCUCAGGCAACCUUUUCAUCAAAUAAAAACAGAAACACUGAAAAUUCUUGAAUGUUCGACGACUGUUGGUUUAGUCAACUAUGUCUCUAUGUCACAUAGAGCGAAUUAUUGGACUUGGCAAAACAUACAAAAUUCUAAUAAAUCCUAUGAAUGGAACUGAAACAAAACUUUCAUCUGAAAUAACAUUUAGUUGUUUUAUGUUGUGUAAUUUUAGAACUUGUAUUGUGCCAAAGGAUGCAUAAAUAAAAGUGACGCAAUGAAUUUUGUUCUGAUAUAUAUAUAUUUACAAUUACAUGCACAUGUAAAUUGUAAUGCAUAUAAAAAUAAGGAGAUGUGGUAUGAUAUUCAGUGAGUUUAUCAAACUAAAGUGCAUAAGAAAUGGGUUUAAGCAGUUACAGGUGUUACUGUCACCGUACAAUCUCCAACAAUGAGAAAAACUCGUACCCUGUAAAAAAUUUCAGAGAUCUUACAACUAAGUUUUGUUGUCUCACCUUGACUUUGGUGAAUUUUUAUACGACCGCAAAAAUUAAAAAUUUUUUGGUCGUAUAUUGGUAUGACGUUGGCGUCGUCGUCGUUGUCCGAAGACACAUUGGUUUUCGCGCUCUAACUUUAGUUUAAGUGAAUGGAUCUCCAUGAAAUUUUACCAUAAGGUUCAAUACCACGAAAAGAAGGUUGGGAUUGAUUUUGGGGGUUAUGGUACCAACA